AUGCAUGCUUCCAAUGAGAGAAUCAACAUAAAAAUUGAAAAAGUGGAUUCGUUUCAACCUUAUAAACUGAAAAUCGCAAUAUUGAAUAAUGAAAAUCGUAAAAUAGAUUGUGAAUUGCCAAAAAAAAUCGUCGAAAACCAGAAAUUUGAGACUUGGAUUGAAAAAAGUCAACUCAUGGACAAGUCAUGCUUUCACUUACCGUAUUCGUUCACUCUGGUAUGUUUCAUGACAACUUCGGAUGAAAAUUCAGAUUCAAGUGCAGAGAAUUGGAAGCAGGAUCAUUCUUUUCCAAGUAUAAAGGCUUCUCCAUUAACUCUGCAAAAAGAUCUCAAGAAAAUGCUAUUGAACGACAGGCAUAGCAACGUAAAAUUGAAGACACGUGACAAGAUGAUAGCUGCUCACAAAUGCUUGCUCUCAGCCCGAUCUCCCGUGUUCUCCACCAUGUUCGAUCAAGAUAUGUUGGAAACUCAGACUGGUGUUGUUGAUAUUCCAGAUGUGGAAAGUGAUACUCUGCAAUCAUUUUUAGAGUUUCUGUAUACUGACGCGAUAACCGUUACCGAUUGCGAGGAAGUUUUGAAACUGAUGCUAGUGGCUGAUAAAUACCAAGUUGACAGCCUGAAAGAACGAGGCUCACAAAUAUUGAUUUCAAAAUUGAGCGUGGAAAACAUUUGCCAUGUAAUUUCUGUUGCUGAAAUGGUAAAUCAUCCAGAACUGAAGCUGUCUGCAUUCGAUUUUAUAAGAGCAAAUAAGCGAGAAAUAAUUUCAUCCUCAUUUUGGUCAGAAUGGAUGAAAGAGAAUAUGGAAUUGGCUAAUGAAAUUUUAAUGAAAAUGAUUGCUGAUUAA